AUGGAUAAGAGCUGGAUUCAUAUAAGGAAUAGGCUAGACCCUACCUAUAUACAAGGAGUGGAAAACUUUAUAGAAUUUGCUUAUGAUAAAAAGCAUCCAGAUUCAAAGAUAUAUUGUCCUUGCAAGAAAUGUGUGAACCUUAUAUUUGGGACAAGAAGUGGCGUGAAAGAACAUCUAAUUAUAAAUGGAUUCAACACUAACUAUACGAGAUGGACAAUUCACGGAGAGUCUUUAGCUUCAUCUAGUAGAAAUGAAUCGGAUGCAAAUCAAACCUCUUAUUUUCAAGAUGAUAUGAUUGGUAUGGUGCAUGAUGCAUUUGGAGUUCCAAGGCAAGAUGGUGGGAUUAGAGACAAUGAAGGACUUGAAAGUAUGGGGUUAGGGCCUGAUAAGGAGACAAAGAAAUUUUUUAAGCUGCUUGAAGAUGCACAACGUGAGUUGUACCCCAAUUGUAAGACAUUUACAGCUCUCUCUUUUACAACUCAUUUGUUGCACAUAAAAGUGCUUGGCGGUUGGACUGAUACCUCAUAUGAUAUGCUAGUUGAGUUAUUGAGAAAAGCGUUUCCAGUUCGUGAAACGUUGCCGAAGUCGUUUGCUGAAGCAAAGAAGUUUAAUGAGGCCUUAGGCUUUAGUUACGAAAAAAUUGAUGCAUGCCCCAAGGAUUGUAUGUUGUUUUGGAAAGAUAAAAAGGGGCUGCGCAAUUGUGAAAAAUGUGGAACAUCACGAUAUAAAGAAUCUACUGUCUUUUUAGAUGAUGGAACAGCCAAACUGACACAAAUUCCUGCAAAACAAGUAAGGCAUUUUCCUUUAAAGCCAGCGCUUCAAAAGCUUUUCAUGUCAGAGGAAACAUCAAAACAUAUGAGAUGGCAUGCAGAGGGACGGACCAAUGAUGGUAAAUGGAGGCACCCUGCUGAUACACCUGCUUGGAAAACAUUCGACGAAAAACACCCUGAAUUUGCUAAAGACAUUCGAAAUGUGAGAUUAGGAUUAGCAGCUGAUGGUUUUAACCCGUUUAGAACAAUGAGCAUUACUCAUAGCACCUGGCCAGUCGUGUUGAUGCCGUAUAACUUGCCUCCAUGGUUGUGCAUGAAACAACCAUUUUUCAUUCUAGCUUUGCUCAUUGAUGGUCCUCAUGGUCCUGGAAAUGAUAUUGAUGUUUACUUGCAGCCUUUGAUUGAGGAGUUAAAAGAGUUGUGGACUGAAGGUGUGCUUACUUUUGAUGCAUCAACCCAACAAAUCAUUAGCGAUGCUAUCUGGUUGGAGCACAAAAGGAGCACUAGCUUGUCCUUCUUGCAAUGUGGAAACCCAAUCUCUAUGGUUGAAGAACUUUGGAAGUAUUGCUAUAUGGGCCAUAGACGCUUCUUGGAUCAAGGACAUAACUUUCGGAAAGAAGCCAUAUCUUUUGAUGGAACUAUUGAAACUAGACCAAGGCCACUUUACUUUUCAGGUGCUGAUAUUUUUAAACAAGUUCAAUUCAUUCAAAAUAAUUUUGGGAAGGGUGAAGAAAGGGGGAGAACAGCACCUAAAAAGAGACGAGUACAUGCUAAUGAUGGAAUAAGUGCCAACACUAUGGAGCAAGGAGUAGAACAUAAUUGGAAAAAGAGAAGUAUAUUUUUUGACUUAGAGUAUUGGGUGGAUAUUUUGAUUCGCCACAAUAUUGACCUGAUGCAUACCGAGAAGAAUGUCUUGGAAAAUAUACUUGGGACACUACUCAAUAUUUUGGGGAAAACAAAGGACAAUCUAAAAGCUCGACAAGACCUAAAGGUCAUGCGUAUACGCACGGCACUCCAUCCUCAACAACGGCCUGGUGGGAAAGUCUUUCUACCUCCUGCUUCUUUCACAAUGAGUAAAGAACAAAAACAUAUAUUUUGUAAAGUGUUGAAAAAUGUUAAAGUCCCUGACGGCUACUCCUCCAAUAUUUCACGCCGUGUAAACCUCAAAGACACAACUAUUUCAGGGUUGAAGAGCCAUGAUUGUCAUAUUCUUAUGCAACAACUAUUGCCAUUGGCUGCGAGGAGGGCAUUGCCUAGACAUGUUUGUGAAGCCAUAAUUGAGUUGAGCACUUUUUAUAGACGGUUAUGCUCCAAAGUAAUGGAUCCAAAUGACUUUGAGGAUCUUAAAAAGCAAAUUGCAUUGACUCUAUGCCGUCUCGAAAAGAUUUUUCCACCUUCUUUUUUUGAUAUAAUGGAGCAUUUACCCAUUCAUUUAGCGGAACAAGCAAGUGUCGCUGGACCAGUAUAUUAUCGAUGGAUGUACCCCGUUGAGAGGUAUUUGCUUACACUCAAGAAGUACGUGCGUAAUAUGAGCCAUCCAGAGGGAUCCAUUGCAGAAGGUCAUUUGACAGAACAAUGCUUGACAUUUUGCGCACGGUACUUGCAUGAUGUUGAGACAAAGUUAAGUCGACCAAUACGAAACUACGAUGGUGAGCAUGGAGGUCGUGGUUUAGGGAAAGGAAAAUUGUUUGAGCUUGAUAACAUUGCUUGGGUGCAGGCACAUAGAUAUGUCCUAGCCAAUUCUGAUAUCGUAGCCCCAUUCCGAGAGAAACACAUUCAAGUUCUUAGAAAUGAUAGUCGCCGGUUAAGUGAGCGUGAUCUUAUGAGGAAGCACAAUGAACAAUUUCCUAAUUGGUUUAGAGAUCACGUUCAAGACUUGCUGCGAACAAAAAAUGCGAACAUAUCCAACGAACUGAGUGUGUUAGCUUCAGCACCAGACAAAUGGGCUAGAAGGUAUACUGGGUACAUUAUAAACGGGUUUCGAUUUCACACCAAGGAGCGUGAGGAGAGGAGGAAAACUCAAAACAGUGGAGUAUCGUUGACCGCAUACACACAAAGUUAUGCAAGCUCAAGAGAUAAACGCCCAGUUACAGGAGAGGUCAUUUUCUAUGGAGUUUUAAGGGAUAUCAUUGAAUUGAGAUAUUCUAAUGACUUUAAGUUUGUGCUAUUCAAAUGCGAUUGGGUGGAUAAUAACGUAGGAAUGAGGCAAGAUGAGUUCAAGUUCACACUUGUAAAUUUUACGCAUCUUUUGUAUAGACACAAUCGCACAUCAGAUGAACCAUUCAUCCUUGCAUCUCAGGCGCAACAGGUUUGGUAUGUUCAAGACCCCAUUGACGAAGAUUGGCAUGUCGUUGUUAAGAUGACCCCUAGAGACUCAUACGACAUGAAUGGAAAACAAUCUACAGAAGAUGAAAUAACUUGUCCCCAAGCUGAGCCUUGUAGUGGUCAACAGUUAGAUGAUGCUACAUAUACUCUUGAUAAUGAUGUUAACUGGGUUAGAACAGAUGUGGAAGGAGAAACAGUUGAUGACGACAUAGAUGGUGACGAUUAUGAUAAUGUUGGUGUAGAAGAUAGUGAUGAGGAUGAGGUUGAUUAUAGUGAUGAGGAGGAGGUUGAUUAUAGUGAGGAGGAGGAUUGUACUGAUGAUGAUGAUGAUGAUGAUGAUGAUGAUGAUUUUGAGGAAAAUGAUGAAGAUGGAGAUCAUGACAAGGAUGAUUGA